AUGGAUAAAUAUCAUCCUGGUUAUUAUGGUAAAGUCGGUAUGAGACAUUUUCAUAUGACUCGUAAUCAAUCCUAUUGUCCAACUGUCAACUUGGAUAAAUUAUGGACUUUGGUGUCAGAACAAACAAGGAAAAUCUAUGCUACUAAGAAGGAUAAUAAUCUUGUACCUGUGAUUGAUACUCUGAGAGCAGGAUAUGGUAAAGUUUUGGGUAAAGGUCGUUUACCUGAUCAACCAGUUAUUAUUAAAGCACGUUAUGUUUCUAGACGUGCAGAAGAAAAAAUAAAAAAAGUUGGUGAAAAAGAAAAAAGAGGUAUUAAUAAGUUAAGUGCAGCAAUUAGAUCAUCAGAUUCCGGUAGUUUGGUUAGGUAUCAAAAAAUGGCAGAAUCAAAAUCAACAACAAAUAAUGACACAUUAUUGACUUCAAAAUGGCUGAAAAGAAAAAAUUAG